AAGCUAUUGAUGUGCACGGCGCAGCAAGCUGUCGUGUUAACCGUUUCCUUGCCUCUCUUUUCCUCUCUGUCUGUGCGAAGGUCGGAUGUGUUCGCCGGUCGCGAGGGAGCGUGGAGCCAGGAGCUGCUGAGUGUGCUCAUCUGCUCGUGCACUGGACCAUGGACUCAUUGAGGGCGUCUCAGGUGUGAAAAUGUCCAGCAGUAACCGGGAGUUAGUGAUUGACUUUGUUUCCUACAAGCUCUCGCAGAAGGGGCACUGCUGGAGCGAGCUGGAGGAAGAGGAUGAGAACAGGACUGACACUGCAGCAGAGGCAGAGAUGGACAGCGUCCUCAAUGGGAGCCCAUCCUGGCACCCGCCUGCCGGCCACGUAGUGAAUGGAGCCGCCGUGCACAGGAGCAGCCUGGAAGUUCAUGAAAUUGUUCGAGCAUCUGACGUGAGGCAGACGCUGAGAGAUGCAGGGGAUGAGUUUGAGCUGAGGUACCGGAGGGCUUUCAGCGAUCUCACCUCCCAGCUCCACAUCACCCCUGGCACGGCGUACCAGAGCUUUGAGCAGGUAGUGAACGAACUCUUCCAUGAUGGUGUGAACUGGGGGCGCAUCGUGGCUUUCUUCUCCUUCGGAGGGGCUUUGUGCGUGGAGAGCGUGGACAAGGAGAUGCGGGUACUGGUGGGACGCAUUGUGUCUUGGAUGACCACGUACUUGACCGACCAUCUAGACCCCUGGAUCCAGGAGAAUGGCGGCUGGGAGCGCUUUGUGGACCUGUAUGGGAAUAAUGCUGCUGCCGAGCUGAGGAAGGGCCAGGAGACCUUCAACAAAUGGCUCCUGACCGGGGCGACCGUGGCCGGAGUGCUUCUGCUGGGAUCCCUGCUGAGCCGCAAGUGACCCCGUGGUUGUGUCCCCUGGCACCAGGAUGGCUGCGCCUUCACCGCCACAUCCACUACCCAGCUCCCGAGCACCACCACCAUCACGGGGCACUCACCCCGCUCCACGGAGCUUCCUCCCUUGCGCCGCCAGCUCCUUUUAUUGUAGCCCCUCUCAUUUACCGUUCCGUUGUAUUUUAAAGGCGCUGAGAGCCAUGCAGCACUUCAGCCAACAGCUCCCAGUGCUGGGCAGAUCCCACCAGUAGUGGCUAGAAGGUGUCCCAGCCCUGCAGGAUCCUUUAGAUCACUUUGAAAAGAAUAAACAGACUUAUUUUUGCAUGUGUGAGUGCGUGCGUGUGUGUAGAUGUGUCACUAAUAUAAAAUUCCUCAGCCAGAGCGAGGAUCUGGGCUCCAGCCUCCGGCAGGGUUCCUGCUACCAGCCCUGCCCUGCUGCAGCAGCCUGGCCACCACCGGGACAGGGCUGAGCUUUGCCAUCCCUGCCAUAUCUCUCGAUUGUCCCCUGCUCGCCUGGCACUGCAGUGAGGCAGAGGACACUGGGAGAAGGCUGAUGGUGAGUAGCCCCAGACUUGCCUGGCAGCCCCAGAGCCUCUGUCCCUGCACCUACACUAGGCACAGGGCUGUACCUCCUCCUCUUAACCCCCUCUUCCUCACCCCUCUCCCUGUGCUCAGAGUUGCUGUGUGGCACUGCAUGCCCUCCUUUGUGCCCCAUGUCCGUCCCUCCCCACACACCCCACGUCAGGACCCCGCUUUGCUGUUGGAUUGGGGCCGGGAUGGAGGCAGGGGAAUUAAGGAGCACUUCCCCUUCCUGCAGACGCGCAGCCAGGGUGGGGAGGUGGCACAAGGGGCUCUCCAUUGGGACCGCAGCAUCCCAGCAAGCGCAGGAGCACGGAAUGGGUGUGAAACAACCAGGGGAUCAGGACCCCACGGGCAGCAGAUAGCACAGGAUGAGGCUCUUGUACAUCCCCAGGACCACAGCAGGGGGACGGCUGGGGUAGGCGAGAGCCUAUGGGACCAAUGUAAUGUAGAAGCCAGACCCAGGGGUGGGAGCAGGGCUGAGUGGGUGGCAGAAGCUGAGGGCUGGUGGCCACAUUCUGCCAGCUGCUGCUGCUGGUCCCCAUAGCACAGGCAGUGGGGUCCCCGUCCUGUGGUGUGGCUGUGAUGGAUGUGUGAAAUGAUAGAGGUGACCACACUGCUUCCUCAGGAGCAACUCCUCAUCCCUGGGAGACCACCAGGGCCUCCGGCUGUCCCGGUGGGCUGGGCUGUGUACAUAGCGCCUGCGCUCUGCUGUACAUAUCCGAGUAGUUUUUAUUCAUUUGUGAAUACUCUAAUGCUAUUUUUGUUAUCUGUAUGUCUGUAUUUAUGUGCGGUGCCAUGCUCUGCAGAGGGCUGGGGCCGGGCUCCUCUGCUGAUGGAGCACUUGAGAGAGUGGGGUGUGAGUGGGGUGUUCUCCUACCCCAGCUCCCCGGCCCUGCGGGGCAAGCGCUGAACGCUUUGGUUUGCAGGUGGAGGUGAGCCCACAAAUAAACUCUGUGAUUGGA